GAAUGUGCGGAGCGGAGCGGAGCGCGGGUUCGGGGUAGAACAAUAGACGGCGCCCGGAGGCCGCGAGGGCCGCUCGAACCAUUGUGUGUAGCAGACAGUUGGCCCCAUCAUGUCAAAACGACCUUCUUACGCCCCACCUCCUGCCCCCGCUCCCACCACUCAAAUGCCCAGCAUCCCAGGGUUUGUGGGAUACAAUCCAUACAGCCAUCUGGCCUACAACAACUACAGGCUGGGAGGGAACCCGGGCACCAACAGCCGGGUCACGGAUUCUUGUGGCCCUGCGGCCCCGUUUCACAACGGAACUCCUCGUUCUUCCAGUAUAAUCGGGAGAGAGAAGACAUCAUCUGGUAUCACUAUUCCAAAGCCACCAAAGCCACCGGACAAGCCUUUGAUGCCCUACAUGCGUUACAGCAGAAAGGUAUGGGACCAGGUUAAGGCCUCCAAUCCUGAUCUGAAGCUGUGGGAAAUAGGGAAAAUCAUCGGUGGAAUGUGGCGGGAUCUGACUGAUGAGGAAAAGCAGGAAUAUCUGAAUGAUUAUGAAGCAGAGAAGAUUGAGUACAAUGAAGCCAUGAAAGCAUACCACAACUCACCUGCGUAUCUCGCCUACAUCAACGCAAAGAGCCGGGCGGAGGCGGCUUUGGAGGAAGAGAGUCGACAGCGGCAGUCACGCAUGGAGAAAGGCGAGCCGUACAUGAGCAUCCAGCCAGCUGAGGACCCUGAUGAUUAUGACGAUGGCUUUUCAAUGAAGCAUAUCUCUGCAGCUCGCUUCCAGCGAAACCACCGCUUGAUUAGUGAGAUCCUGAGCGAGAGUGUGGUGCCAGAUGUCCGCUCUGUGGUCACGACAGCCAGAAUGCAGGUGCUGAAACGCCAGGUGCAAUCACUGAUGGUCCACCAGCGCAAAUUGGAAGCUGAGCUCCUACAGAUUGAGGACCGUCACCAAGAGAAGAAAAGGAAGUUUCUGGAAACAACAGAUGUAUUUAAUAACGAGCUGAAACGGUUGUGCAACCUGAAGGUGGAGGUGGACAUGGAGAAGAUUGCAGCUGAAAUCGCCCAGGCCGAAGAGCAGGCCCGAAAGCGCCAGGAAGAGAGAGAGAAAGAGGCCGAACAAGCAGAACAACAAGCCCAGAGUAACACGCCCGAGGAACCUCCCAGCGGCAGCGAGGCUGACGAGUCCAAAGCAGAGGAAACUCCAAUGGAGACAGAUGAACCGCGCAACGAUGAAACGCCAGAACCCCAACAGAGCAGCGAAGAGAGUACAGCCACUCCAGAGGAUAAGGAGGGCUGUCCGGAUACAACAGACAGCAGCGUGGAGCAGGGAGCGAGUGAGAGCACCUCGGGGACCGAGAGCAACAGCGCUGUGGCAGAAGAAUGCUUACCAGAACCCACACCAGAGAGCGAAGAGAAGAAAGAAUGAUUUCAACAAAAAGAAACUUUUCAUUCCAAUUAGUCGUAUCACUUGAUUAGUACUAGCUUUUAAUUCUACAUGUUCUGUUAGGAGAAUUUUUUUUAAAAAACAUUUUAUAGGGAUGUCAGCAGUAUAGGUCCCCGAGCUCAAACUGCAGCUGAAUCCAUUUUGAAAUGGAUGUCACUAUAUUGGAGGGAGGGGGAGAGAUGCAGUGGCAAUAAAGGCCUGUAAUGGUUAUUAACGCCCUCUCAUUUUGGUCCCAACGAAGAGGUUUUUGUCCCCAACUUAAUGACCGUCUAAUUACGCAGCAGUGAUUCCCCUCAUGGCAUCUAUCCGCUCUGUUUGUUUCUGAUGUACUUCCAACCGGCUGCACAAUGCCUUUUGUUGAACGGUUGGUAACUGUGAAGCCUGUAUUCCCAGUGCUGCCCGGUGUCGAGUUUCUAAUGACCAGCGUUCUGUUAUCAGGACUGCACAAGUCUCGAUCCCAGUGCUUCGUGGCAUCAGCGUACAAGCUGUGUGUGGCCGGUAAGGGUUAUCUUUGCGCGACUAAAACAAAGGGAUGGUCACCCGAUCUGCGACACCGAUGAAUAAAAUGUGGACAGCUUCAGUACGGAAUUUAUUUCACUGUAACUCAGGUGGUUAUGGUCCGAGAGCUCUUUGUGUAAUAAACUUAGUCCCAACCACCCAAUGGGCCCAAAGAGUAGAGUUUAUUCUCUUCACUUUCACACCAAUUCAAGUUGAAAUUCCAAAGUGACCCACACUUGACCGUUGUCACAAAAUUUAUGAUUGUUUAAAAGUUUGGAAAAGCUUUUUUUUAAAAAAACCAAGUGUGACGGAGCAGUUUCUUAAAUUACGACUGAAUUGGAAGACUUCCAGCGUUUGGUCAAUCUUACACGGUCUACGUUUGGGUCUUUAUGAAGAGGUUUUUUAGUCCCCAACUUAAUGACUCGACUGUUACAAAGUGUGUAGCAGUUCGAUGCAGCUAAGGUGUUUCAGGGACAAAGUGUGGAAGUGCCAGUUCCUCUGUGAAGGCACCUACCGAGUAACUCUCUUGACCUGGAGCUAACUAACCUGUUGACUAGCGGCAUUGUGUGCUCGUGAAAGUGACGUAUCUCUAUCCUUUCCCGUUUUGCUGACAAGCAAAGCAAUUUUGCACCCUCAAAGGGCACAUUCAAAUAAUUUUAGCUACAGAACAGCUAAGCGUUUGUGAGUUCCCAGCCCAGGGACGUUGUUUGAGGAUUCAAUUUUUAUUAUGUUAUGUUCUGAGCCAACUGCGUAUCAGUCAGUCGUGCGGUGUUAGCCAGGUUAGAAUGGCGGAUGCUGAAGGACUUCUCUGUGGCAUUGCUGUGUUUGUCUCGUGCGCUGCAUUACUCUUUUUUUUAAAUGUUCCUGCCACAUUAAAGAGAAACCCCCAUCCUA